AUGGCCGCUCCAUCCGCCGCCUCCGCCUCUCGUCAACCGACCGACAGCGAGGAUCCCAGGAUGUCCCACGAAUCAUCCAUCUCGACCGUUUCCACCACGAGCCUCGUCUUCGACCGCCUGCACGAACAGAAUGAGAAGCAAACCUACACUUCCUCGUCUGCCUCCCAGAGGCGUCGCGCUCCAUCCACCUCCCGUGGCGCAUACGCCGACAAUCCCGACGACUUCGACGACGAGAAUGACCUGAAGGAGUCCGAUACCAAUGACCUCGAGACGGGGCCGCUGAUGGCCCCCGGUGCCGCCGGCAUUGUGCGCCGCGUGGGGAUGGAUCGCGGGCUGAAGAAGGGGCUGUUAAUACUGGGCAUCGCCUUUCUUUUCGCGUGGGGCACCGCGCUGUUCGUCUUCCUGACGAACAAAUCAUAUCAGCAUGGGAGCAAGGUCGACCACGACCCCUCGGCGACGCAGCGCGGUUCCGGGAAGCCGGUGACGCUGGAUCAGGUCAUGUCCGGCUUCUGGUCGCCAUACUCGCACUCGGUCAGCUGGAUCGAGGGUCCGAACGGGGAGGACGGGCUGCUGCUGGAACAAGGUGCGCGGGGUAAGGACUACCUCGUCGUGGAGGACAUCAGAUCUGGCAACAAGGCGGCUGGCCAGGUAUCUGCCGACGUCGUUCAGAGCCGCACGCUCAUGAAGAACCCAUGGAUCGAGUACAAUGGCCGUCAAUUGACGCCCUUCGACGGCCGUCCGAGCAAGGACAUGAAGAAGGUCCUCGUCUCGACUGACCGGGAGCACAACUGGCGCCACUCUUUCACUGCGCUGUACUGGAUCUUCGACGUUGAGACGCAAACUACCGAGCCACUCGACCCUGAUGACGCUUCCGGUCGCGUGCAGCUUGCGACAUGGAGCCCUCAAAGCAAUGCCAUCGUCUUCACCAGGGACAACAACCUCUACCUCAGAGACCUAGCCACGAAGAAGGUCACUCAGAUCACCAAGGAUGGUGGGCCUGAAUACUUCUACGGUAUUCCUGACUGGGUGUACGAGGAGGAAGUCUUUGCCGGUAACAGCGCCACCUGGUUCUCCGAGGAUGGCAAGUACAUUGCCUUCCUGCGCACGAACGAGACGGGUGUCCCUGAGUACCCGCUGCAAUACUUCGUCUCAAGACCUAGUGGCAAGAAGAAGCCCGAAGGCGAGGAGACCUACCCGGAUGAGAAGCGCAUCAAGUACCCUCGCGCAGGCAGUCACAACCCUGUCGUGGACAUUCUCUUCUACGACGUGGCCCGCGGCGAUGUCUUCUCGGUUGACAUCAACGAUGCUUUCCCCGACGACGACCGACUAAUCAACAUGGUUCUCUGGGCUAACCAGAAGGUCUUGAUCAAGGAGACCAACCGCGUGAGUGACAUUAUGCGUGUGGUCCUUGUCGAUGUUGUCGCUCGCUCUGCCAAAACUGUCAACACCAUUGACGUCGGAAAGAUUGACGGCGGGUGGUUUGAGAUAUCCCACGAAACCCAGUUCAUUCCCGCGGACCCUGCCAACGGACGCCCCGAGGACGGCUAUGUCGAUACGGUUGUUCACGACAAUGGUGACCAUAUCGCGUACUUUUCUCCCAUGGACAACCCUGAACCUGUCUACCUUACUUCCGGCCCCUGGGAGGUAGUCAGCGGCCCGUCUGCAAUUGAUCUGAAGAACAACUUGGUGUAUUUCGUUUCCACCAAGGAGUCUUCCAUCCAGCGCCACGUCUACAGUGUUUACCUGAACGGCACUGACAUGAAGCCCUUUACUGACACCAGCUUCGAGAGCUACUAUGACAUCUCAUUUUCCAGCGGCGCGGGCUUCAGUCUCCUCUCUUACCUCGGCCCCAAGGUUCCCUGGCAAAAGGUCGUCAGCACUCCCAGCAACCCCAACAAGUACGAGCACAUAGUAGAGGAGAACAAGGAAUUAGCCGAGAACGCUAAGAGAUACGAGCUUCCCCUUCUCAAGUACGGCACCAUCAAAGUGGAUGACGUUGAGCUCAACUACGUCGAGCGCCGCCCUCCGCACUUCAGCGAGAAGAAGAAGUACCCUGUCCUCUUCCACCAGUACUCCGGCCCUGGCUCGCAAUCUGUGGCGAAGAAGUUCUCGGUCGACUUCCAGUCGUACGUCGCUUCAGCACUAGGUUACAUCGUCGUCACAGUCGAUGGCCGCGGCACCGGUUUCAUCGGCCGCAAGAACCGCGUACUCGUCCGCGAGAAGCUCGGUCACUGGGAGGCGCACGACCAAAUUGCCGCCGCGAAGAACUGGGCGGCUCGGAAGUACGUCGACUCCUCGCGCAUCGCCAUCUGGGGCUGGAGCUACGGCGGCUUCAACACUCUCAAGACGCUCGAGAUGGACGCUGGCCAGACUUUCAGCUACGGUAUGGCGGUCGCCCCCGUCACAGACUGGAGGUUCUACGACUCCAUUUACACAGAGCGCUACAUGCGGACGCCGCAGCUGAACCCGAACGGGUAUCAGCAGACGGCCGUCACCAAUGUAUCUGCUCUCGCUGGCAACGUGCGUUGGUUGAUGAUGCACGGUGUCGCCGACGAUAACGUACACUACCAAAGCACGCUCACGCUUCUCGACAAGCUCAACCUCGAGGGCGUUGAGAAUUACGACGUUCAUGUGUUCCCUGACAGCGACCAUGGCAUUUACUUUCACAACGCGAACAAGAUUGUCUACGAUAAACUCAGCAACUGGCUCAUCAACGCUUUCAACGGCGAAUGGCUCAGGAUCACCGAUGCGAAGCCCAUGACGGAAGCUAAAGAGAAAGAGCGUAGAUCAAUCUCCGCACCGCUGGAGCUGCACUAA